UCUUCCAUUACGUCUGCUAAGCCAAGGAAAAAAAAAAUGCCCAAAGCAACGACAUAUCUGUUACCUUUCGUCUUUAUUCUUGUCUUCAACCUUUCUUCUUCAUUUACAGUUGCAGCCGCUACAGAUGAUGCAGUCUAUGCAUCUUUCCUUCAAUGCCUAAAAAACAAUACAAACCCAAAUGACCAAAUCGCAAAUCUUGUUUACACAAAAAGCAACAAAGGCUACACUUCAGUUCUUCGAUCCUACAUUAGGAACGCUAGAUUAAACAAAUCAACAACUCCAAAACCCUCAAUCAUUUUAACUCCAAAACAAGUAUCCCAUGUCCAAUCAUUUGUAAUCUGCACCAAAAAAGUUGGUUAUCAACUUAAAAUCCGUAGUGGAGGCCAUGAUUAUGAGGGAAUUUCUUAUUAUUCAGAUGAACCUUUUUUUAUUCUUGAUAUGUUUAACCUUAGAUCAAUUAAUGUUGAUGUAACGAAUAACUCUGCUUGGGUCGAAUCCGGUGCUACACUUGGUGAAUUAUAUUACAGAAUUUGGGAAAAGAGUAAAGUUCAUGGCUUUCCUGCUGGGGUUUGUCCCACUGUUGGAGUUGGCGGCCAUAUUAGUGGAGGUGGGUAUGGUAAUAUGUUGAGAAAAUAUGGGUUAGCUGUUGAUAAUGUUAUUGAUGCUGUGAUUGUUGAUGUUAAUGGUAAGGUUUUGGAUAGGAAACAAAUGGGGUUAAAGAAAAGAGUGAGUAAAGAAUUGCCUGAAUUAGGGUUAAAGAAAGAGAAGUGCAGUGAAAUGAGUUGGAUUGAUUCUGUUGUUUGGUGGGCUAUUGAUAAUGCUACUUCUCCUAAUGCUCUUCUGGACAGAGAUCUCAAUUCUGCAGAGUUCUUGAAAAGAAAAUCAGAUUAUGUGCAAAACCCAAUUUCAAAAACUGGGCUUAGUUCGAUUUUUACAAAAAUGAUUGAGUUGGGCAAAACUGGGUUGGUUUUCAAUCCUUAUGGAGGCAAAAUGGCUGAAAUUCCAGCCUCUGAUGCCCCUUUCCCUCACCGUGCCGGAAAUUUGUAUAAAAUUCAGUAUUCAAUGAGUUGGCAAGAUGAAGGAAAUGCUGCAGAGAGUGAAUAUUUGGGUCAAAUAAGGGAAUUAUAUAAUUUUACGACACCAUUUGUGUCGAAGAAUCCAAGAAGUGCAUUUUUGAAUUAUAGAGAUCUUGAUAUUGGUAUUAUGGAGCCUGGUAAAAAUAGUUAUCAAGCUGGUAGUGUUUAUGGGUUUAAGUAUUUUAAUGGAAACUAUGAUAGAUUAGUUAAAGUGAAGACUGCUGUUGAUCCAGAGAAUUUCUUCAGGAAUGAGCAAAGCAUCCCUACUCUUUCAAGGAAGACAUAGAUACAGAAAAUAAUUUACUGGUGGUACUUUUAUUACUAGUAAAAUAAACAUGAUUGUUGGCUGUAAUAGACAUUUUAUUUUGCUGAAACCUUGUGAAAAAUAUUUGUCUAAACCGGGCUUAUGGCCUCGCCUUGAGACCAAACUAAUAAAAAAGAAAAAAAGACAAUCUUUUUAAUA